AGAGCAUAACGAAACCGCGUCACUUUGAGGGCGGAUAUCGGCCGGUCCUCAUCCUCUCCUCCUCCUCUUCCUCCUUCCCUGACUUUCCCACUCGGUCUCCAUCAGUCUUCAUGGUUCUGAUCUCACCCCACGCCAUGCAAGCCACCCGGGCGUCCACCACCGUCAGUGUGUUUGCGGACUGCAGCAUCCCGGCCGGGCUCCGGAUUGGACCGGUACCGGGAAUCUUCAAGCUGGGAAAAUACGUGUCAGAUCGAAAGGAAGUUGGACCCAAGAAAAAGAUCCGCCUGGUGCGUGGGGAGUUCGUGGAUGAGUCGGGUUGUCCCGUACCAGACUGGAUCGGGUUCAUCCGUGCAGCCAGAAACAGCCAAGAGCAAAACCUGGAGGCAGUGUCGGACCUACCUGGUGGACAGAUUUUCUACCGCGUUCUGAGAGAAAUCCCAGCAGGAGAAGAGCUGACGGUUUGGUACUCUAACACUCUGGCCCAGUGGUACGACAUUCCCACGACGGCCACUCCCACACACGACGAGAAAGGUGAGGAGCGGUACAUCUGCUGGUACUGCUGGAGGAUAUUUAAAUACCCCAACACACUCAAAGCCCACGUCCACUUCCACUGCGCCCUGAGCAACGGGAGGGGGUUUGUGAGCAGCGAGCAGGUCAGAGGCACCGAGACCUUCAGCCGGUCACCAAAGUCAGGAGACAUCCCCAACACCUCCACGUCUCCCAGAAGCGGCCACACUAAUUCCUCCAUGUCAGACUCUAGGCGGGCAGUGUCUUCCUCGCCGUUUUUAAAUAAAGCCACACUGUCAAAGAAAAGCACCUCAGAGGAUCAGGACCGGGCCCUCGACAUGAGCGUUACCUCAGCCAGAAACCAAGGACAUCUCCUCGGCCUCGGAGCCACCACUUCAGUACUGAGCACCAUGGGCUUCCACCCGGGCGUGCGCUCCGCUUUCAAACCCACGGGCGUCUCCAAAGUCCCGGGUUCGGACGCACCGAGGGAGGACGUCAACGGGAAGCUGAGCGGCCUGGGGUUCAGUAAACUCAUAGGGAACAUGAAACCAAUCCGCAACGUGGGUGAGACCCUAAACGGAGGGGGGAACCACCCUCCUAAAUGUCCACCAGCAAUCAUGGACUCCACGUCUCCCAUGGUUCCGUGCGCAAAUACUAUCAGAGGUUUCCCGUUGCUGCCUCACGUGGAGGAGACUUCGGCUUUUAAGCACGUGGAGAGUCGUAUGCACUCCGGCCUGUCCCCAUCCCGGUACCCCCAGAUGCCCCCCGGACUCCACUUUGAGAGGUUCUCCCUUUCUCAUUUUGAUGGUGUCAAGUCUUACGGUGGAGACUGUAACAUCCCGCUGAUGCCGUUCACCGUCUAUAACGGGGAGCUUCUGUACAGCUCCCCUUACUACCCCCUCAAAUUCCACUUCAGCAACCUCCUCAAGUACCCGGAGAACAUGUCCUACUUUGGUGCACCUUCUCUGAGUCAAGACCUGGGCUCCAUCACAAACAUCGACCGGGAGAUCGCCAUGCACACGCAGCAGCUGUCCGAGAUCGCAGCGGAGAAGAACCGGACGCGGCUUGACUCACUGCCCACCGGGAACUCCAGCAACGCCGCCACCGGGAAACCGAAAAAAGGACAUCUGUGUCUGUACUGCGGCAAGUUGUACUCCAGAAAAUACGGCCUGAAAAUCCACAUGCGGACUCACACGGGUUACAAACCGCUCAAGUGCAAAGUGUGCUUCAGGCCCUUUGGAGACCCCAGUAACCUGAACAAGCACAUCCGGCUGCACGCAGAGGGGAACACCCCGUACAGGUGCGACUUCUGCGGGAAGGUCCUGGUGCGGAGGCGGGAUCUGGAGAGGCACGUCAAGUCCAGACAUCCCGGACAAACCGUCAAGAAACUGGACGACAAACCCGGAGGCCUGUUCGAGGACGCGGAGCAAAAGAGUGACAAUGACAGCGACGUGGACGUGUGUUUCACCGACGACCAGAGCGACCAGGAGCUGAGCAAAAACACUGACUGAGAGGCUUUUCUGCACACCUCCCACAGACUGAUUAUUGUCUAUAAAUACACAGUUAUUGUCUAUGAUACACGUUUUGUUGUGUGCGCAAUAAAACGUUGUCCUUAAGUCUUGUAUCAAGUCUUUGACUUUUUUCCAUGUGGCAUUAAUCCGACAGUGGCAGAGGUCACGCACAGGCCUGAGACUGACUUCCACAUGCCCCUGUGUUCAUUUUACACUUGGGAAAAAGAAAAAGCAAUGUGUGAUAUCUGACACAAUGCUAGAUCUGACUUCCAAAUACAUAGAAAUGACUCUAGAUUUCACCACAUAUAAAUGAUUCUGCAGGAAUGGACUGGAUGCGCUGCAGAACCAACACGUGACCUGUGGAUUAUUGCACGGUUUCCUGCAACGAAAAAGUAUUUAUAUUUUAUAGUAAAACCUUUCUCUGUCUGAAUCACUCACAUUUCAACAAAAAUCUGCACUCAAAACAGUUAAAUAAUUCCAUUUAGGCCGCAAGAGACUAAAUGACUCCAAAAACCAGGCCGUUUUUUUUUUUUGCAGCGUAUAUACGAAGUUAUUUUAUUUUGUCUCCCUUAAUUUAAAUAAAUACCUUUUCCCAAAAAUAGCACUGCAUCAUUAAGGCAUUUUGGAAAUCACUGCAAAAGAAUGCGAUUGUGAAUAAAAAAAAAAUCCAUUCACAUUGUUCCCAUUUCUCCCCCUUUACGCAGCCAGUUGCACUUUAACAACAGCAAGGGCAUUUUAUUCCAACAAAACACUAACAGAAAAUGACUCUUGUCCAUGUUCAUCUCCUCAGUAAAGGUUGGAUUCCCCUAAAAGCCUCACUGACUUUACCACUGGACGUAAAUUUGCACUUUCCGACGAGGCCGAGCUGUUAAAAGAAGCAGCUGAGUUCAUUUUUUUUAAGGAAUUAUUUCUAGAGAAAGAAAAGAAAUGUAUUGAGUGCAGUUAUAGCUUAUGUAAAGUGUAAAGUAUGAUAUUUGACAUUUCAGUGGAGAAGUGUUGUUUGUUUAUAAGUGAUAUUGUCAACGACGGCAAUAUUUUAUUCAUGUCCAUUAAGUUGUUGGUUUUUAAAUAAAUUAAUUUUAAAACAUGA